UAGGCUUCAUCAGGGCUUUGUGUUUGGCUGAGAAACACUAUAUAUUGUUUGUGUAUUGAUGAGUGUGCAAGGACAUACAGAGGCACUGAGAAGGCUUUUGACCCUGAGAUACGUUAAGAUAUGGUUAUAUUUAUAAUACUAACACUUUGUUCAGAGUGAAGGCAUUCUUAUACACUCAUUAACUGUGUAGUAGAUUAUACAUAUAAUAUGAUCUGUAACUUGUAGGGAAUAGAUGGAUUAAUAAAGUGAUGAUGUUUAUGUUUAUACUCUAUUUAGAUGAAGACUUUCAGCAUGAAGAUUGUUGUUCUACUUGGAUUUGUGAUGCUUCUCUCUAUUGCUUUGGCUGAGCAUGAGCAUGGCCAUCAGCAUGUCAUUGAGAAGCGCUCUUCAAGUGAAGAGCGUGUCCGUGGCCCUGGCCCUGGCCCUGGCCGUGGCUUUCCAAACUUUCUCCAGCAGUACAACUACCUUCUGCUUCUGCAAAGACUUGGUCUUGUCCCAGCCCCUGCAGCACCAGCCCCAGCUCCAGCUCCAGCUCCAGCCCCAGCCCCAGCCCCAGCCCCAGCCCCAGCCCCAGCCCCAGCCCCAGCCCCAGCUCCAGCCCCAGCUCCAGCCCCAGCCCCAGCCCCAGCCCCAGCUCCAGCCCCAGCCCCAGCUCCAGCCCCAGCUCCAGCUCCAGCUGGUCGCUGAGAAAGUACAUGAAUCAGAAACUUCAACUCAACAAGAGCAAGCUAUGGUUGAUGAAAUGACCAGAACAUUAACUGACAAUAAGUACUGUAAUAGCUGUCUUCCAUAUUUUGCCUGAGUUUCCCUUUAAUGUACUUGCUGUAUGUCUAUCUGCAAUGCAAUAAAGAUGAUUUGAA